UCUAAAUAAUAGGUCGCAGCGCGGUGAGCGGCAUACCCACGUUGGGCUAUAUCAGUAAUUUAUUUUUUAAAUCUUUUUUGUAUUUGCGGCAUUUACGUCGACGCGGUGACGUAAGCACGAAGUCUGACCCGGAAGUGACGCGCUCGGGCCCGUCAGACUGUGUUGAUGUUUUGUGCACGAGCUCUCGCCCGGGAAGAAGGAGACGUAUUUCAGGUUUUUUUCUCGUUCGUUUGUAUGGUGUGUUCCGUCCAAACGUCGAUGGGAAUCGUCGUGUUCUCGACGGGGAACAUUCGCUCGAUGAUUUGCGGCUAGCCAGCUAGCUCGACGCCAAACACAGCCAAUCUUUUGAUCCAAAAAGGCGGACCGACUCCUCCUCCUCCCCACCAUGACGAUCCUGCCCAAAAAGAAACCCAGCUCGGGGGUCGGGGUCGCGGAUCACGCUGAUGACACCGACCGGCGGAGCGUCGCGGACCCUCACCAGCACCCGCACCCUCACGCGGGCAGGACCGGAGCCCGGCCCCGUGCUUCUCCUCCGCCGUGGACGUACCAGCCCGCGCCGCCUUCCACCAGAGAUGAGCGGCGGAGCAUCGAAGCGGGCUCCCGGCCGCAACAGGCCUCUCCUCCGCCUGGCGGCUCCGUGGCCUCCGCGGGGCCGUGCGACGGUCGGGACGGCGGCGGCGGCGGAGUCGGCGGCGGCGGCCUGGUGGCGACCUCCCGCGGGGACCUGGUGGUGCAGGCCGGUGUGGUGGGCUGCGGCGGGAGUAUCGGCGGCUGCUGCUCCGGGCCCGGACUCAGUAAGAGGCGGCGGCAAGCGGGCACCUGCUCCGGCUCGGCGGCGCUGGCCGGAGGCAACAACAGCGAGGACGAGUAUGAGAACGCCGCCCGCCUGCAGGCAGUUGACCCGGCCACCGCCGAGCAGCAAGAGCACUGGUUUGAAAAAACUCUGCGGGACAAGAAAGGUUUCGUCAUCAAGAAGAUGAAGGAGGACGGCGCGUGUCUCUUCAGAGCUGUCGCUGACCAGGUCUAUGGCGAUCAGGACAUGCACGAGGUGGUGAGAAAACACUGCAUGGACUACCUGAUGAAGAACGCCGACUAUUUUUCCAACUACGUGACGGAGGAUUUCACCACAUACAUCAACCGGAAGAGGAAAAACAAUUGCCAUGGCAACCACAUUGAGAUGCAGGCCAUGGCAGAAAUGUACAACCGGCCUGUGGAGGUGUACCAGUACGGCACAGAGCCAAUCAACACCUUCCAUGGCAUCCAACAGAAUAACGACGAGCCCAUCCGAGUGAGCUACCACCGUAACAUCCACUACAACUCUGUUGUCAACCCCAACAAGGCCACCAUCGGCGUGGGCCUCGGCCUGCCCGCCUUCAAACCGGGGUACGCGGACCAAUCCCUGAUGAAAUCGGCCAUUAAGACGUCCGAGGAGUCGUGGAUCGAACAGCAGAUGUUGGAGGACAAGAAGCGAGCAAGCGACUGGGAGGCCACGUGCGAGGCCAUCGAGGAGCAGGUGGCCAGGGAGUCGUACCUGCAGUGGCUCCGGGACCAGGAGAAGCAGGCCCGACAGCCCAGGAAAGCCAGCGCCACCUGCAGCUCAGCCACGGCAGCGGCCUCCAGUGGCCUGGAGGACUGGGCCGCUCGGUCGCCACGGCAACGAGACUCCGACCCCUCCCACUCGGACCUCACCAGUGCCCCCUCGACUGUCAUCAAGCCGCCUUCCCCCGCCGGUGCCGCACUCAUCCUCAACAAACCACCCUCACCCUGUGCACCAGGUCCCAGUAAUCAGAGUCGGCAUCAUUUAGAGUACAGAGCCAUUAUGCAGGAGAUGUCACCUACAGCAUUUGGUCUGAGCGACUGGGAGGAUGACGAGAUCCUGGCAUCAGUCCUGGCCGUGUCCCAGCAGGAAUAUUUGGACAGCAUGAAACAUCAGAGCGGCUCCGUUCAGCAUCGAGAGCGAGAGGCGUCGCCAGACAGCAGCUGAUGGACGCACAUAGGCGACAAAUGAACCCCCACUGCCCCCGUGAACCACUGAAGACAAAGCCAGAAGAAAGAAAUGCAGUUUUUUUUCCCCCCCUUUCAAAAUCUCAUCCAUCCUUCCCUCACUCUUGUCUUUUCCUCCGAGCGGGAACUUGAGCGCAUUCUGUCUCAACAAGGGAGUCAGAAACAGCAUCAAGUCACGGGAGAGAGAGAUCUAAUCCACGGGAUCAAAAUACACACACUUCUUCUGCUCGCAUGUUCCACCUUUUUUUUUUUUUUUUUAUGGCUGAGCGGCUACGACCACAAGCCAGCUCUUGGCCGCAAGAAACAAUGUUGCCACAUGACAUCACUUUGACUUUUCAUUUUGUUCUAAUUUAUUCUGGUUUGCACAAAUUACACCACUCACAAAAUUUCGGAGUGCCGGGCUUUUGGCUGCAAUUUCAGGAAGAACCUGAGAUCCACUCUAGCCUUCCCAGGUGAAAUUGCAUUUGAUCUUCUGUGAGCUUUAGAAUCCACUUCUCCGGCUGUUCAAUGUUUCGGUGCUGUUUGCACAACUUUUUCCUCGUACGACAGGCAAACUUGGCAGCUGUUUAGGUGCAGAAUGGACCAAUAUGUUUCCUCCUUAAAUUAAAAUUGAUCUUCAAACGGUUCUCUUUGUCGCGCUAAGAACACCUCGCAAUUGUGUACCUCGCUAUUGCAAGGCUUUAAAUGGCAAACAGCCACCGAGUUUAGAGUCAAUUGCAGCAGACUGGAAGCGUCCGUCACAAAAAGGCAAAGAAGUCGAUGUCCUUGGAAAUUAAAAACAAGAAAACGCGUGUGAAUGUUGCCCUUCAGUAUCUAGUUUGAGAACAGCAAGUUAGUAAGUACUGAAACAAACAGUUGAAUUGAGUCGUUUUAAAAGGGUAGGGGUCAAAGUUCACCUGAAAAAGCUCGAGCGUAUUUGAGGUUCAUCCUUAAAUUUUGGCUGAAAGCCCAAUAUCUCAAACUUUAUUGCGAGUUGUGUAAAUAUAUUUUGAGAGGAGCUCACGGCGAUCGCCUCUCAGCGGCAGCAUCUUUCUGAUUGGCUGUCAGCCCAACUACGAGUUUAUUUCGUCCACAGUAGCCAAAACACAAAAGCGAGCAAGCUCACGAAGUUAUCGUUUAAAAA